AUGGCAUCAAUCCGCUCGGUUUUUGCACUCAAAAACUCAGCAAAACUUGCUCUUUCCGCUAGAUCAAUGUCCUCCCACCCGUUGGCCGGUCUUCUCGGGAAGCUGAACCACGUGGCAAUCGCUACUCCGGAUUUGAAGAAAUCCUCCGAUUUCUAUAAGAAUCUCGGCGCCAAAGUGUCCGAGGCUGUGCCCCAACCAGAGCACGGAGUUUACACAGUGUUCGUCGAACUCCCCAACUCAAAAAUCGAGCUUCUCCAUCCAUUUGGUGAGAAAUCUCCGAUUCAAGCGUUUCUGAAUAAGAAUAAAGACGGUGGAAUGCAUCAUAUCUGCAUUGAAGUUCGUGAUAUUCAAGAGGCAGUCUCAGCCGUCCGAUCUAAAGGAAUUCGGACUCUCGGAGAGAAGACAAAGAUCGGAGCACACGGAAAACAUGUCAUGUUCUUGCAUCCCAAAGAUUGUGGCGGUGUUCUCAUCGAGCUUGAACAGGAAUAA